UUUUGGCUCUAACCUGCGGGAGUUCCUGGUGCUGGAGUAGUACGCCUCCGGACUCUUCUCUCAUCACAGUCUGUGGCAGCUGGCGGUGGAUUAUUUCGAUCACUGCCCUGAGUUUGGCCGUGUGUAUCUGGAGCUGCAGAUUGAGAGAGUGCCACUGGAGACGGAGCGCAAAGCGCUGAAGAUGCUCAGGAUCUGUGAACAGAGACAGAUGAAUGAGCAAGUGCACAGUAUCUGUAAGAUCAUGGCUAAAAGGGCUCUCAGUAAUAACAGACUGGGUUCUGCUCUGUCCUGGAGUAUCAGAGCAAAAGAUGCAGCCUUUGCCACCCUCAUCUCUGAGAGGUUUCUGCAGGAUUACUGCACACGUGGCUCAUUUUCUGAUCUGGAUCUUAUCGAUAACCUCAGACCUGCCAUGCUCCUCAGCAACAGACUCACAUUCCUUGGAAAGUACCGAGAAUUCCACCGGCUGUAUGGAGAAAAGUUGUUCACUGAGGCAGCAAAGCUCCUGCUGUCCCUCAUGACGGCAAAGAUAGCUUCUGGAUGA